AUGCUAAACUCAAUUACAAUAUCAUGGAUUGAAAAAAUAAGCUAGGAAAUCAAUUGGGUUAUAAAGUAUUUUCUAGUUGCAAAUCACAAUCCAAUGUUCUAAUUCGAAUGAAAAUAAAUAAAUAAAUUUAUAAUUCAAGCGCUUGCACAAGGUCUUUGUGGGCUGGACCUAAUAGUAUGAAAUUGCUGUCAAGUUUGGGCUCAUAGUACAAAAAGUUCAAACCUUUACCUUGGAAGAACAAAAGUCCAAACCUUCAAAACAAUAUCCAAUUUCUGCUACUCAAUCGCUGUCGCUGAUACUGAUAAUGGCUGCAAAACCUCUCUAACCCCAAGCCAUGGCGACUUCCAUUCCCGCCCUCUCCUCUCCAAGCCCCUCUAUUCUCAGACUCAAAAUUACUUCAUUUUCUCCUCUCAUCAUUCGACCGCAUAAACAAACCAUUCAAUUUCGCUCUUCAACCAAAGUUCAAUUUUUGAACCCUAUACAACCUCAUAAUUUCCCUGGGUCUUCCGGGAAAGCAGUUGGGUUUUUGUUUGAAAGAAGGUUAAGGGUUCGUGUGAGUGCAAAAAGUGAUGGCGUUGAUGAAGCUGAGGAAGCUCCUGUGAGGUGGCCUUGGUUUGUAGCAUUGGUCUUCCUUAUUUAUGCAUGGAGAGCUGUCUUGCUGGAAUUAGCUAACUGGAGAAAGGCUGCACUGGCUGUUGUCCGUUUUGUGGGAUACCUCUUGAAACUUAUCUUGGCCCUAAUCUUCCAUUUCCUUGGUGAUCCCAUUACUUUCAUAAUCAGAUUCAUAGAAACAACAAUCUAUGCCCUUCGCUCUUUCUACUCUGGCAUAGUGGCAUAUGCUCCAAUUCCAGAAUUGACAACGGUUAUCAUGCUGGCAUCAACUGUCCUUGCUAUCGCAGAAGCUGUUGUUCCAAACUCUAUAAACUGUCAACCUUUUCUUCUCACAGCAUCUGGUGUAGUAGGCUAUGCAGCUGUGACAGGUUACAUCUCAGAGCCUUUCUUCUGGACGAUUCUAGUGGGGUUGUAUGGUUACUCACGAUUUGUUAAAAAGAGGGAUGAUGUUACAUCUGCAUUGCCCGCAGCAGCUGUGCUGGCUGCUGUAGGAGAACCAUAUAUUAGAGUUUUGGUGAUCUCAUCAUAUCUCUCCUUAGCCAUUUUGCACCACUCAAAGAAGCUUUCGGAAAGAAAGGAAGAAAUUGUAGUGACUAAUAGGAAGCUUCCAAUGCCCUUGCUUGGCGUAGCCUUAGCCAUUGGAAUUCGUCUUGCUGCUAAGUGGGCUGGGUACCGGCAUUUGACAUGGAUGAUAGUAUGAGUGUUAAGAAUACCAUUAUUUGCCUAUUGGACUGCAAGGGAAGUAACCUUGUGUCUUGUGUGAGAUGUCUCCAGUUUGCGGUGACAGAAUUAUACCCCUUGUUUUUGUCAACUGAAUUCAGUGAUCUCUCUGUAAUUUAGAUUGCAGUAGUGAUCUUGUUUUGUGUUUCCCAUUUUUGUCUUCCAUGUUUCAUAUCAGCUUGACUAGAAUUCAAUGAUUGUACAACUUCAGAAAUUUCAAAG